UAGUUGGAAAGGGAUUAGUAAAAAAGGGUAAAGCACUCUCUUUCCUUUCAUCUCAACUUCUUCACCAUCAUCAUUUCCACCCAAAUCACAAAAUACCUAGUCAUCAUACAUUUCUUUCCAUUCCCUGUGAAUACACCCGAUAUUUCCCCAUCCGCCUUUCUCUCUACUUGAGAGAGAGCGUGAGUCACGUCAGUCACAAUGGAGAUGAAUAUGUCCCAGCAGUCAUCGCAAUGCAGUUCCAGUCAGAAAUAUACAACUGUUGGUUCUGUCUGGCACCCUCAGACCACUCCAAUGCAGCCACCGAUGCGUCGCGGUCGUACUCUUCGUUCUGUUGCGCCCGACUCACUUGAUCAUAACCCUUCUAUCGUCACCCACCAUCCUGCACAAUAUUAUUCACCCCUACAACAAAACUUUGACCGAGCCGUUAGUCCUCUUCCUCCCGAUCGACAACUCUUCGCUCGCAUUGCGGAAUUAGAGGAAAAUCAUUCUUCUUAUUCGACGACCAUGUCUCAGCAGUCUUCCAACUUGUACCAGCCCUCCAAUGAACUUGUCCUUGCUGGUAAACAAGACGAAAACACCAAGCACUAUGAUGGCGACGACGGAUCUGACAGUGACAACGAUGAAGAGAUGAAGUUCAAUUACCUCAAUCGGAUGCCUACCAAGAGCGUAACCAACCUGGCCUCCUAUUCUAACCCCAUGCAAAAGGCUGCCCAGAAGCUUCUCACUCGAGCCAGACAGGCCCCCUCGUCCCUUCAGUACCAGAAGUCGGAUACCACUCAGGAGAAUCGAGGUUUACUUCCUCCUCCUGGAUUCGGUGCUGGUCUCAAGUAUAAUCGUUCUGACCCGCUUGGCGCGGAGGGCCUACUCCAAUCUGAUAGAGUCAAUGAAUCUGGUCUUCCCAACCGACCCCUCGCAUCUUUCAACCCGAACAUUAGUGAUUAUACCAGCCGUGAGCGCGACAGUUAUCCAGCUGUCUUGUCCAAGGGACAUGGUGCACCUCUCCCCCUGACUGCAGGUCCCCCUGGCCAGCGUCAAUUCUUGUCAUCCUCCUCUAACUCUACGAAUGCCUUCCAGAAGGGAACUUCUGCUUUUAGCUCCUCUACGGGUCACUGGCAAAAGGGUUUCGACCAGCCACGCAUCGCUGAAUCAUUUGAGGAUGUGGUUCCACGUUCUCAGCAGUAUCCUUCUGCAUUCUUCCAGCCCCCGUUAGUUCCACAGCCUAUGAAUCGACAGCCUACCCCGUCACUUUUAAGCAGAGCUCCCUCUGCUCAACAAUAUCCCGCGAUGAAUAAGGGUAGAGAGAACAGCGGUAGUAGCAAGAUGGUCGACACGCUUACCUACGAAGAAGCGAGAAAGUUCUUCCCCAAUGGAUUCCCAGCGGACUUCAACAACAACUACCACCCGAUCCCAGACAACUGGGCAGAGCUCCGUCUCCAGGAGUUGGCACAACAAGAGAAGUCAAAGAAUCCGAUUGCAUUGCAGGGAACGCACCAAUGGCAGGCAACCCACCAAGCAAACCUUCAUCGAGACUUCUACUCUGGCAAUGCGAUGAUCAACCAGGACUUCGACAUGGCCGUUCACGAGAAAAACAGCCGCGAUGUCGCUCGCGCCGUCGGUUCUACGUUUCAAGAAGGCGAGAAGACUGCUGGCAGAGUUGACAACCGACAACUCUCGAUCGAUGAGAUUAACGAAAUCCCUACAUAUGAGCACGCCAAGCCUCUCUUGAGCGUCAUGUACCAAUCACUCGCGAACCACCCAGAUAUCACGCCGAACCCCCGCCUUCCCAAGUACGUCGUUCCUCCGAAGAAAAAGAAGUCCGAGGAUUCGACCGAACACCAUGGUUCCCGCUAAUUUCUCCAAAUACUCCCUCGAAGUUAAUCGAAGUUUGCAAUAGCAUUCUAAUACACGAGUUGGCUAUGGGGAGGAGCAAGGAGAAUUCUAACUGGCAGGAUGAUAACGACUGGACAUGGAAUUGCGGGUGAAAAGGAAUAUUGAACAAGUAAAAAUGAAGAAAAUCCACGUAACCGACGAUGGCGGCCCGCCUCAAGAUCUCGAUACCCUUUCCAUAUUGCUUGUCG